GAGUCCCGUGGUGCCCCGCGGCGGGCCGCGCAGGCGCGCUGAGCUGCUGCCGGUCAGUCCCGGAGGCUGAGGGGUCGCGCGGUGUCGGGACGGGUCGCCGAGUGGGUCUGCGGCGAGGCGGGGGACGGCGGCCGGCACCAUGUCCAGGCAGGCGAACCGCGGCACCGAGAGCAAGAAAAUGAGCUCUGAGCUCUUCACCCUCACCUACGGGGCUCUGGUCACACAGCUGUGCAAGGACUAUGAAAAUGAUGAAGAUGUGAAUAAACAGCUGGACAAAAUGGGCUAUAACAUUGGAGUCCGACUGAUUGAAGAUUUCUUGGCACGGUCCAAUGUUGGGAGGUGCCAUGACUUUCGGGAAACCGCAGAUGUCAUCGCCAAGGUGGCGUUCAAGAUGUACUUGGGCAUCACUCCAAGCAUCACCAAUUGGAGCCCAGCUGGUGACGAAUUCUCCCUCAUUUUGGAAAAUAACCCCUUGGUGGACUUUGUGGAACUUCCUGAUAACCACUCAUCCCUUAUUUAUUCCAAUCUCUUGUGUGGGGUGUUGCGGGGAGCCUUGGAGAUGGUCCAGAUGGCCGUGGAGGCCAGGUUUGUCCAGGACACCCUGAAAGGAGACGGUGUGACAGAAAUCCGCAUGAGGUUCAUCAGGCGAAUUGAGGACAAUCUCCCAGCUGGAGAGGAGUGACCAUCCCCAGGACUGGAGGGGAGCCCAGCAGGAGCACUGCUUGGAAUCCGAAGCCUCAGAGCUCCCUCGGCCCUUAGGAACUGAGUGACUCUCUAACACGGUUGUUACAUAUUCUUCUAACUGUUUCCAUUCUCCAGGCUGAGAUAGUCUCUUUACCCCACAAGCGCAAGCGUACACAUUCAGGAGGGAAACUCUUUCCUCCAGUUCCCUUCAGAGGGGCUGGAUGAGGCCAUGUUUGGUUGGACUAGAAAGAGCUCAACCGUUUUACAUUCCUCUUUGAAUUUUCCAAAGCAAAACCCGUUUUGACCCCAUUCAGAGAGAGGCAGGCCUCCCCCGUCUUUUCCUGGGCCUUCGGGAAACCAUUGGUGAAUGGCUGUGGAGAAUCCAGGGUUGUGGGACGGGGGAGGAGAGGCCGAUGGGGUGGAUAGGAAUUGCUGGUUGUAGUGUGACACUCUCGUGCUUGCCCGGAAGGAGGAGUCUUGUGCCGGGAACACUGACUACUGGGAAGCCACACAGGUCUCAUUCCUCCCUGCUGUUUGGAGGCAACAUCUCCUCUUUUUACAGAGGGUCCAUCCUUUUUUUCUUACGGUUUCUUCAGUAAAGACACAUUCUUGAGUGAAA